CGUUUUUAUUUCUUUUUUGUUUCUUUUGUAUUUUUUCUUUUUCCCUUCCUGUAUCAAUAUUAUGUAUUUACCAACCGUUAUAUUCUUACUUGUACUUAUAACAGAAUCCAUCUUAUUCCUUGGUUAUUCUUAUGUCACAUCAGCAGCUCAUGAUUUGUAUUUGAAACUCUCCAAGGAUCCUCGUGUAGCAAAACAAGAAAAAUUAAAACGCGAUUUGUUAAAAAUGAAGAACGAAUUAGCUGCAACUAGUUCACAGGAUGAAUUUGCAAAAUGGGCAAAGAUGCGUCGAAGGUUAGAUAAAGGAAUGGCAGAUUUGGAAAAACUAAACUCUGAUAUCGCGUUUUCUAAGACUGGUUUUGAACUGAAAUUAAAGUCAAUUUUAUGGUUUCUUAUUCAUGGUUCUCAAGUACUUAUGGUUCUUUGGUUUAGAAAAACACCUGUAUUCUAUUUACCUCCUGGAUGGUUUGGACCUGCUCAACGAUUAUUAUGUUUACCUUUCUCACCGCUGGGUUCGGUGAGCGUUGCUGUUUGGUUUGCUGCCUGUCGUCGUAUGAUCAAAGCUGUUGCUCUCACUGCCAAUGAUUUUAUAUUUACAAAACAUUCUGAACCUACUAUCUCUCCCUCUCCAACUCAAUCUACUUCAUAGUAUACAUAGUUUUUGUUCCUUUCUUCUUCUCUUUAACUUAUUAAAAAAAAAUAAUAAUAAAAAAUGAGUCAGGCGGAACUCUAAUGCCGCUUUGGUCAUUCCGUUCCGUUUCUCCCGAAGAAAUAAAAAAUUACCUUUUCAUAUAUUUU